AUGGGUAGUUGCUGCUCAAAGACCGAAGCAUUAGGAGCUGAAGAAGAGGACUCAGAAGAAGGUUUUCAGGAAAUACAAGGUAUGCCAGAACCUGGCCAGCCACCUCCACCAGCCGAAAAUCCAAUAAAUUCACCCUCUCAUAUUUCAAUUUAUCAUAACGCAGACAAUCCGCUAGAUGGUAAAGAAGAAUUUCCAGAAGUAGAAUUAUCUCCUGUCAGUGAUCAUUUUGAUGAUUAA